GCUUAUUGUUCCAGAAUUAACUAAAAUCACCUAAUGUUUAUUUUUAACAACUGGCGUCAGCGUCUUUUCUGUUGUUGUUUCUCGCGCGCGUUAAUUUAUUUCAACAACGCCGACAGCGCUGCUGCUGCUUACUUUACAAUAAUUAACUAAAAUCAGCUGCAGUUGAAAAAACAACGCUGCCGGCGUCACAUUUGUACAGUACGCGUCGUUCGAAAAACAUAUAGCGCGCGGGUCGUAUACGUGAGCAAGUUUUUUUUGUGCUGUAUUCUUGGUAAAUUUCCAUUGCGCGCACACAGCAGCGACAGCAACAUGGUCUUGACAAAUUUCGAGUGCUGGGCACAUGGCGAAGCUGAUGCUCCCAAUUUCGAAACUGGGCCGCGGCCGCGUCACAGUAACGUUGAUCCAUUCAAUGCACGUGUUGUGGCAAGUUCCUCCAAUGGCUACUACGGCUAUGCAAUUGUAAACAAUGCAGCUGCUGCAGCGUCCGAUAAUAACAACAACAACAACAUGCAGGAUAUGCAAAUGCAUGAGAAUGCUGCCACAGACUCCUCGAAUGCUGCAGCACGUUGCAAUAAGAAGCGUUGUUUUGUUAUGGGACUGGAUGAGCAGCUGGAUAUGGAGAUGAUGGAUAAUCUAACAACUGUAAAGCGCUGCCGCUACGAUGAUGGUGAUCUGGUUGCGCAGUAUUGUAAUGAUUUUUUCUCCUUGCCUGCUACACAAGUCAUUGGCACACAAUCCUGUCUAAUGGAAAGUGAUUACGAUAUGCAAGCAGAGCAGCCGCCGCAGCAGCAGCAACAACAACAUCAAGAACAACAACAACAACAGCAGCAGCAGCAUCCACGCAUACAACAACACUAUCAAGGUCAUUUGCAGCGUGUGAGUCGUUGCAUGAUGUCGCACAUGAUCUAAAAACAUGCACACAUUGUCUUUACAUAUGUACUUAUAGCUAUACGUUUAUACAUUUAUAUAUACCAGACUCAUAUACUUAUACAACAUGCAACAGUUCAACCACGCGUCUCACUCUGUCAAAAAUUUUCCAUUUGCUUAACUCAAAAUAUAUCUAGAGAAGAAAGAAGAAAAAGCACAGAAAUCAAAUUGUGCAUAUUAGUCGACACCGCAGGCAGAAAUACAAAGAAACAAAGCAUUUGCAUAUAGAUGGAUGCCAGCGACGUGCCAACGCCGCGUAUACGUAAUUAAAGUAAAAGCAAUUUGAAAAGCCAAAGUAAUUGUUAAAAAUAUACACAUUUAAAUGGCAAACGUAUCAAUUAAUCAAUCAAUAUUAUAAAUAUAUACAUAAGCACGGUGGGAAUUGUUGUAUAUCGCCGCAUUGUACAAAGCAAAUUAAGAACGCAACUGAAGAAAAAGUUGUAUGUAAAUUGUUUAAACAAACAGAAAUUGAAAUUAACUACAGUUUAUGUACUUAACAAAUGAAUGAAU